AUGUCGGACGAAGAGGAACCCGAGGGCGCCUCUCUGUCUCUGAGCAAAGAACAGCUUCGCGUUAUCGAGACCAUCAUUGACGACGAGUUCGUGCCCUAUGUCCGGCAAACUGAUCCUGAAUUCAGCGGUUAUGGAGGCGUCAGCCCGUGGGCACGCCGGCGCAGGGAUUCCUUGAUGGCGAAGAAUUCGCUAUUUCGAACACCAGAGGUCCGAUCCAACCGCAAAGAAUACGGCCAGCUUAUAGACCGCAAACUGCGUAAUAAAUACAACUACCUCAAGAUUCGUGAAAGCCCAUUUCGCAAGUCGCUUCUGAAGUGCUUGAUCCCGCGCCCUACGGGAAUUCAGAUGUUCGAACAAGGCGUAAAGAAGGAACUCCUCGAAGAGAGCGAGGAGCAGGACGCCGAAAUCUAUCAGUCGCAGCUCAAGGCGAGAUGGAAGGCGUUGAGUGCACAGAAGCGCAAGGAGUACGAACAGGAAGCCGGAGCUCUUUCACAAAGCGUUGAUUACAACCGUAGCUUGCUCAUGACCAACUUCAAGACCGCCCUGGAUGUACUCUGCCAAGAGGAUUCGCUCGGAGGUAUGACUGCGACCACGCUCUUCGGCUUUCGCAAACCAGUCAACGAUGAAGUGGGCAUCGACAUGCUGCACGGCCGCAUCUCCACUGACAAUGCCAGGUUUGGUGCUGACCAAGAUGAGCAUAAGAUCUUGGCGGCGUUGGGCUCAGCAUGGCGCGAAUAUUCUGGCAAAAUCAUUCCUCGUCGUCCUCAGCGGGCUACUCCCACGGAUGGCCCCUCGGACGACGAUACCAUCAUCCCUAGCAACAAUUCUGGACUUCCAUUGUUCCCUUCGAUCAACGUCAAGAAAUUCAGACCCGACGAGCUCUACGAACUGGUGGUUAAGUACUACGAUGCUGAAUGGGAAUACUCGCGUGAUCUCGGCCACCCCCGCGAACUUCCGUGGGACGACCUUGUACGCAACCCGUCUGAUUUCUACGACACAAAACGAUUCGACUUUAUCUGCUUCAACAAGGACGAGCUUCAGGAUCCGGGCAAGGUGUACACGUACGCUCAAGUGCUUCGAGAACGGUGCGGCGCUACGUCAGAGGAUCCCUUCACAUUUGCGCUCGGACUUCAUCAGCGGUCCCUGUCGCCUUCCUUCGAGAUGAACGCUGAGGUGGCGGUUGGUGGUCAUGCUGCAGAGCUAGCUGAGUCGAGCGAUAGCUCGCAUCAGAACACCGGCUCCGGUUCACUUAGGGCUUCCCCUAUGACGGUGUAUCAAGAUCCAAAGGUCGCAUCUCCAUCAGUACAGAAUGGGAAUCCAAAUGCUCCGGAUGAAGCCACGCAGCCCGGCGAAGGUGCAAUGCGGACGCGUUCGCAAUCUCAAGAGGAAGACGGUACACCGGCGCUUUCACCGCCACCAGUGAGACGCUCUGUCAAACGCAAGCUGGGCGAAGAGGCUCUAGAUUCUUCUGAGGAGACGAGGGGCGGCGAACGUUCGAGUCAAUCUGGAGAGAAUGGGAAAACUGCUGUCAUCCAGGGGCGGAGCCAGAGACGUGUGCGUGGCAAGCACGACGGUCGCUCCAAACCGCCUGUCACAGUACUCCCCGCCCAAGUCGCAAAGGACACGUUCGCUUCCAAGGGCUACCAGUUCAAGCUCUCCAAGAAGGUGCAGAGGUACGCCAUAGCCUUCGAUGACUACGUACGAGGCGGUGGGGCAAUCAUCACUGCCGACGAGGCCGAUGAUCGGAAGCAGAUACCGGCGCUGACGAUCGUCGCAUACGACCCGGAGUGGCUGGCCCGCCAGGUAGAUUGGCAGGGAUACGUCGUGAGUCGUCCUUGA